CGCGGGGCGCUCCCGGCGCGGGGCGGCAGCAGCAUGGGCCGGCGGGGCCGCGCCGCGCCCGCGCCCUCUCUGCCUCCGCGCCCCGGCGCCCCGCACCGCCCGCCCUGCUAGAGGCGCUGCCCGCCGCCGCCAUGGGCUCCCACCUGCCGCCGCAGCAGCAGCGCCCGGAGCCCCAGCUGGUGCUGCAGCUGGCGGCCGGGGCUCUGCAGGCGCAGAACUUGGAGCUGUCGGGCGGCGGCCUGGGGCCCGAGUGGCAGGUGCUGCUCGGGCGGGCCGACGCGCUCGCCUAUGGCGGGCGGCUGCACGAAGCCCUGCCGCUCUACCAGCUGGCGUCCCGCCACCAGCAGCUGCGGGCGGAGCAGCUGGAGAAGCUGGUGGAGUGCCUGGCGCAGAGCGUCCGGAUCAAAGAGGGGCUGCCCGCCGCCGGGAGCGGCCCCCCACAGCCCCGCGAGUGGGACGUCUUCAGGUGCCGCAAAUGCCAGGGCUUCCUCUUCGAGCCCGUUUCCUUGCCUUGCGGACACACGUUCUGCAAAAAGUGCCUGGAGAGGGACCGGGCGGCCGAGUCCCGCUGCGUCCUGUGCAAGGAGGAGGGCAGCGCGGCGGCCGGGCAGCUCCUGCGGGUCAAUGUCAUCCUCAGCAACCUGCUGGCCAAGUGGUUCCCCUGCCAAGUGAAGGCUUCGCAGCUCAGGCACGAAGGGAACCUCCUGUACAAGGAGAAGAAGCUCCAAGCCGCCCUGCAGAAGUACAACGAGGCGGUCAGCCUAGCUCCAAAUGACCACUUACUAUACAGCAACCGGUCCCAGAUAAACUCUACUUUGAAAGCUUGUGAAGAUGCGUUGCAUGACGCAGAAACAGCCUGCAAACUCCAGCCGUACUGGUUGAAAGGUCACCUAAGGAAAGGACAAGCAUUAGCUAAUCUGGGGAAAACAGAAGAAGCUUUAAGAGAGUUUCUAUUCUGCCUUGCUCUAGAUACGGGGAACAAGACGGCCAAGUCUGAGGCACAAAAGGUAAAUGUGGAACAGAAAAAGGGUUUUCCCAUUCAAGAGGAACCAAACGUAACUACUUCUGGUAGCUUGAGGAAAUCUAUACAAAUUACAGAGAUCAAAAAGGACUGCUCAGAGGAAGAGAACAAACUCACCUCCGUGCCAGAGUCUGCCUUCCUCCUUUCUGAGAAGUGCAGCCUCCUGAAAAGGAAGUGCUGCUCAGAGGAGAUGCGAAAUGCGGAGGUACCCUGCAAGCUGAUGAAGAAAGAUACAGUUGAUACUAAGGGAAAUAGUACUGGACAACAUAUUCCAUUUGAAUUUGUGGAUCCGUCAGAUUUGGACUGUUCCCUGUGUAUGAGGCUCUUCUAUGAACCUGUCACUACACCCUGUGGACACACCUUCUGUCUGAAAUGUCUUGAGAGAUGCCUGGAUCACAACCCAAAAUGUCCCCUGUGCAAGGAAGGGCUCUCAGAGUGCUUGGCUAUGAGGAAAUACUGUAAAACAGUACUAAUGGAGGAGUUAAUAGCAAGAUAUCUUCCAGAGGAACUCACUGAAAGAAGAAAGAUUUAUGAAGAGGAAAUAGCAGAGCUUUCCAACCUAAAUAAGAAUGUUCCUAUAUUUGUCUGCACAAUGGCUUAUCCUACAGUCCCAUGCCCUUUGCACAUCUUUGAGCCGUGUUACCGCCUGAUGAUUCGAAGGUGCAUGGAGACUGGCACCAAACAAUUUGGGAUGUGUAUCAGUGACCCUGUAAAGGGGUUUGCAGAUUAUGGCUGCAUUCUGGAGAUAAGAAAUGUUGAAUUCUUUGCUGAUGGCCGCUCUGUUGUAGAUAGCAUUGGCAAGAGGAGAUUUAAGGUGAUACAGCACAGCCAGCGUGAUGGCUAUAAUACAGCGGAUAUUGAGUACAUUGAGGAUCAAAAGGUGCAAGGACAGGAGUAUGCUGCAUUACUUGUUCUCCAUGAUUCUGUCUAUGAUCAGGCAUAUAUGUGGUUUAACUCCCUCAAGCAAGCACUCAAAAGUCGAAUUCUCAGUCAUUUUGGUCCAAUGCCAGCUAAGGAUCCUGACCCACAGUCUAACCCUAAUGGGCCAGCCUGGUGCUGGUGGGUCCUGGCUGUCCUUCCACUUGAGAACAGAGCUCAGCUCCCUUUCCUUGCCAUGAAAUCCCUCAAAGACCGCUUGAAUGGCAUCAGACGUGUCCUUACAUUCAUGUCUCGUACAAGAUCACGGUGAUGGUGAGAAGGAGAGCUGUGAAGUCUCCCACAGUACUUGACUGUAGACUGUCUCUUGUAACUUCAUCUAACUGCAAUAAUGUCUUACAGAUUUGAGUGUCAGGAUGUUUCAAGCCUGAAUUUCAAAGAAAAUGAGUUAUUAAGAGCAAGGGAUGUUUAUGGAUACUUUAAUAGUUUCCAUUUGGAACUCUGAGAUGAUUAUUCAAUCACUGCACUGCUAAAUUAAUAACAAAUGUGAUAGAACAAAAAGUGAUCUUGUUUGCCAUAAACCUUUUAAAAAGCUUAAGAGGUUUUUUAAUUUAUUUUAUUUUUAUUUUUUUAGUGGAUAAAGGAUAAACUGUGCAGUUUAAUGUGAAGCAGAAAUAAUAAUGUUAAUGCAUUAUUUCAGUGAACUGCAAAGUCUUUUAUUCCAAAUGGUUCAGGUUUUAUAUAGCAUUGUGUAAAAUAAUGUUCACAACUUCCGUUUGAUAAUUUAUUUUUGCACUAUGAUUUUUUUGUUUCAAAAUGUAUAUUAUUUAUGUGUUCAUUCUCUAAAGGAAAGUGAGCUGCUCUAUUUAUUUACAGUGUUUUUACCCUGUAUUUAUGACUGGGGGCAAAAUGAUGAUUCUAGCAGUGCACUAGCAAAACUGCUUUGAUAAUGUUUCAGAUAUUUGCGUUCAAAUACUUUGAAUGUUUUUCUACUUAUCCCCAGUUCUACUGUAGCCUAAGAAGGAUUUCCUCUCCAAAACAGCCUGCCAUGAAGUUUUUGAAUACACAGGUUAUGUCUGAGAAUAUUCAAGCACAGUUGUUGGAGCUUGAUCCUAUGCUUGCAACUAGGCUCUUGCUGUCACAAGAGUCAAGCACAUGCUUAACGUUGAAGCAUGAGUGUUUAAGUGCUUGGGUAAAUUCACGUAUUGAUCAGUUAACGGCAGUGGGAAUUGGCCAUAGUGGUGACAGAAGGAUCUAUCCCCUAAUUUUUCACAGAACAGAGAAUGACUCUGAGUUGAAUUUGUAUCUGAACUCUUUCUUGCAAGAAUGGAUAAUGGCUACAAACAACUGCGAAGAAAGAGCCACAAUAUAUGAAAAGCGGCUUCUCCUAAAGAAAACGGGAAGUACUAGUAUCAUUUCAUUGUAGGUUACUACAUAGAUUUAUUUUUUUGUUUUGUUUUUACAUCAACUCUUGUUGCUGUUAAGAUCAGUUUUAUUUCUUUUUUUAAUUAUUUGAUGGGAUUUGGCUUUGGAGUGUGUGUAUGUGGGGGGAGGGAGUUACUUUGAACUGUAGGACUCAGAGGGCAGUUUGUCACAUGAGAAGGAAUGUUGUAAUAAAUGCUAUUUAUUUCACCCCAAUCUUCAGGUUUCUGUUAGCUUCAAAUCUCUACCCAGCCAUUGCAUUUCUCUUAAGAGAUUGGGUAGUGUUGCUAAAAAUAAACUCCCAAGGAAAACAAGUGAUUUUUAGCAUGAUUACUUCUGGCUAUAAAGCAGGUAAAAAUAGGGCAGAAAUGAGAAUACGAAGUAUCUUGGGUUUGAUUCCUUUUUUUUUUUUUUAAUCAACAGUUCAUAUACUUGUUUUGCUGCUUUUAUUGCUUUCAGUGUACUGCUCUCUGGGACUGAUCUUGCCUCCAUCUGACUUUGACUUUCACUGAUUUCAAUGUGAGCAGAACUGGGCCUUUUAUUCUAAGCUACUGUUUUCCUUUUCAGUGGCAAAAAAAAAAAUAGAUUAAAUUGAGAAUGUUAUGGAAUGCUACAAACUUCUUUGUUAUUUUUACCCACGGUAGCACUGUUUGCCAUUCCAUGCCUUUAUGGAAAAAUGUGGUAGAAUUUAAUGUCAAUUUUCUGUGUGGUUUUUUUCCAUCAUCAUCUCAUCCAUCAGAAAUAUUUAUUAGUUAAAAGUAAUUUCCAUACUGUUUCCAUAAAACUACCUUUGUUCCCCCUCAUGUUAAAUUCUAUGGAACUUUUCCAUAAGGGUACCAAAGAAACGAAUGGAAGACAAACGUGUUUCAACCUUGUGAUGCAAAUGGCAUAUGUAUCCUGUGUUUGCAUUGAGCUACUCUAGAAAUGCUACAACUUAUUUCCAUACUGCUAGAUUGCUGCGCUUCUUCCCUAGGUGGUACUUUACGUGCUUCUCUGUAAACAAUGUAUAGAAAUACAUACAUAGUCUGAACAAUGACAAGUGUAUGGUGGCUGACACCUGCUAUGGCAUUUGUCUUCAUGAGUCAACAACAAAGUUAUUUCUACUUGUUUGGAAGUGAAGCUGCAUUAAAUGCAAUUCUUCCUUAAACCAUUAUGUAUUAUUGCAUAACAUAAGGGGCCCAUAUUGCUCCCAUAGAAAAAAGCUGUCACUCUGUUACUCUUAUCUGUGAGAAAAGGACCUUAAAUAUCUAUUUUAAACUGUUUUCUCACUGACCUCAUUGUUCUCUUUCCCUGCAUGCCACAUCUUCUACAUACUCAUAUUCUGCCUAUUUUGUUGAUUUAGAAAUUGGCAGGGAAAGAAUCCUUGAUUUUAAAAGUGAGUAUUGUCUUUUCUAUUACCCUUGAGUAAAGCUGCCAGGAUUUCCUAAGCCGAAACUCAUGUACGUGCCCUGUAUCAUGAAUGCCCAGUGCAUUUGUUGUAACCUGGAAACACUGGACCUACUGCAUGUAAUGCAUACAGUUGAUCUGUGUAUGCACCACAAAUUGAGCCCAUCAGGAAAGUUCAUCUGUACAUGUGCAGUAGCAUUCUGUCUGGGACUGCUCUAUGGCCGCACAUCCUGGAUUAAUAGCUAAAGUCUGCAAAUUCCUUUAGAAGAAAAAAAAAUAUUGAGAAACAGAUUUGCUAGAGAACACAAAUCCAGUAAAAACUGGACAAGGAGUAGCCUUAGCCUUCAGUGAGUUGAGACAGUAAAGUUUCAGUAAUGAGGUUUAAAAACAAAAAAAAAAUCUUUUAGUUAUGCCACAGUAUUGCUCGUUUGUUUAGUUGUAUUAAUCAGUACAAGGAUAUAAAUGCAAAAUUUAUUACAGGCAUGAAUAAACAGCUUUUAAAAUACCUUCACUUUAAUUAUAGAAACAGAAUAUAGAUCAUAUAAAAUACUAAUUGGGGGAGUAUUUUAUUUAAGCUUUUCACAUCUUUCUAGACACCUAGUCUAGUCCCAUAACCAGUCUUGCUCAGCUGUUAAAAAAAAAAAAAAAGUCCUGACUUGAACUUGCAUUUCCUGUGGCCAGAAGUAUUGAUUAAUCUUUGUUGGGAGGGCAUGAGUAAUGCGUAGGGUUCUUGCUAGUUCUUCAAAGUCUGUUUCCAUUGACCCUAGAUCACUGACUUAGGAUUACUAAAAUCAAUAGAAAAUUUUUUUAUUUCCAAGCAAAUGUGAUCAGUCCCCCUCAGAAAAAAAAAAAAAACACAACCCUGGGGGGGGAAUACAAAAAAGCAAGUUUUCUGGGAUGGGGGCUGAGAGGGAACCAAGAACAGAUCAAACUAUAACUAAGUGCCAGUCUUUUAGGCAGUAUCACCUAAACAUCUCCCAGAGACUUCUUGAAAGUUUUAGACUUGCAUGAUAAUAAGAUACGGUUUUGUUAAUUUGAAAACUCUUCACUUUUCUGUAAAUGAAAUAUUUAACAAAAUACGUUAAAAUAAAUAACAAAGACUGGCUGUAUCACCUUUCCAAAUCUCUGUACAUAUACGUUAUAUGGUUUCUAAUUAAAAACAGAGAAGUUUUCUGCAGGAAUUAAUACUAAUUUUUCAUUCCCCUAUAUAGGCAGACAUGACACAGAAAAUAACUUUGCUUUGUCUUAUAUGUUCCUUUGUCUAGCAAUAACUUAAGGGGUUAUGUUUCCAUGAAAAUAGCCGUUAUCUUGGCUAGCAUGACUUGGCUGAAAGUAAAGGACUGGAUUAAUCAAGAAAAAUCAUGAAACCUUACAGUGAACUUGGACACAGUUGUGGAAAGUAGUUUUAAUAAUGAAAUGAUAAAAUGGUGUGAGAUAGGCCAUUAUCAUGCUAAGUCUUAAGUGACAUUCUGGUGUUAGUUGUAACAGUUCCUUUUAUGUUAUUUUUUUUAAGUGCUGAUAUCUUAUCUUCCAUUACUGUGUAGCACUAAGAGAUACCAGCUGUCACACUGAAUGGCUGACCUAUUGCUUGGCCUAUCCUUCUGUCCCGUAUGACUAACAGAACACCUGAACCAUGGAUUUCUUAAUCCAAAGAUUAUUUUAAUCUAAAAAAAAAAAAAAAAUCAUGUGGAUUUGGAUGUAGCAGGUCUUGCUUAAUCGGUGCUGUAGAGAAAGAGAUUUAUAAAAUUUUGUUUUAGACAAUCUUUUCAUAGAAUCAUAGAAUAGCAGGUUGGAAGGGACCUCAAAGAUCAUCUGGUCCAACCUUUCUUGGCAAAAGCACCCUGUCCAGCCAAAUCAUAAGUGUCCAAUGUUGGGGAAUCCACCACUUCCCUGGGGAGAUUAUUCCAAUGGCUGAUUGCUCUCAUUGUGAGAAAUUUUUCUCUUUAUGAUUUCUACUUGGUGCUGAAGUUUUACUGGUGUUUAAAUUAAUGAUGGAUAGGAGUUAUAUCUCAAUGCACUGUUUAGGAAUGGAGAACAUGUUCACAAACUCUUAUUUAAAAAAACCCAUGUAAAUUAACUACGGGGGGGGUUGUGCAUAAAAGCCCAAUGGAACUAUAUGCGCUUAGGGUAGUGCUCCCCAUUCCCCCGAGUCCUACAUCAGACGAACUCAGCCCCUGCUUAGUUCUCAUCUAAUUUGUCAGCUUCACAACCUAACUUGUAACUGGUGCAGCGCAUGGUUUAGGAUCUGGGGUUUAUUCCAAAGCCCAGUAAAUCACUGAAAGUCUUAUAGCUAAAGAAAAAUGGUUGUUUCGGCAAAGUCACUAUUCUGAACCACCUUGCUAAAUAAAUAUUGUCUGGGUACAAGAAACUAAUCUGCUUAGACAGGAUUAAAAUGGUGGAUAAUAAAAAACCGAACUAUUACAUUGACUUACUCAUCCAGGUAUCAUGUGAAGUGCUUACUAAUGUUGGAGUUUCAUAAGGUCUAAAGUAACCCUCACAUAGAAGUGCCUGUAUUCUGUUAUUGCCAUUCUUGAGCUUUUUAAUAGAGUCAUAGCCAUAUAUUUUAUAAAUAUAAACAUAUGCACCUUUAAAUCUUUACAUUCAAUUUGCAGAACAAAGGUUUACAGAGCAGAAGUGUAGCAAAACCAAUGUAAUAGCUUCUAUAAUUCCCUGGUGAGGAACGGGAGAAGUACAAAAAUGAGGAGCAAAAGACUAUCUGUGUAAGAUGUCUUAAUUUGGCACCAUAUACUUGUCCAAUUUAAUUCCAUCAAGCUAUGUGGUUACAAGAGUGCCAGAAAUAUAUCUAUCAAGCCAUUUUAAAUAAAGUUUUGUGGACUUGUAUAUUCCAUUUGUUUGUAAAACAUCCUUUUGUGCACUGUAAUGAACUUGAAAUGAAACUUAAGUUAUACUCUCAUAUCACUGAACAGAGUACUGUUCAGCUACCUCUACAUAAGGUUGAAGUAAUUUGUUUUUUUUCCAGAUUUGUUCACAUUGUCAUAUAAAAUAUAUUUUAAAAAAAAUCAUAGUCCAAAGAACCUGUAUGUGUUUGUAGAUGUACUUAUAACUAUGUUGUACCAGCAAAGUCUGUGUGAAGAGUUGUUUGCUAAUUAAAAUUUUUGUGUUCUUUA